UGGGUGAGAUGAUUAAAGAUUAACCCCCUGCCUCCUGCCUCCACCCCUCUGGGAGUAUAGGCCUUGAGGCUCAGCAAAUCCUUUCAGAGAAAUAUCUGAAUUAAAAGACAACAGGUAGGGGACGCAGUGAAGGCAGAGGGAGGCAGGAGGGCCAAUAGCCUGGGACAAGGGAAUCGGUACAAUCUGGCCCGUGUUUGCCGAGGAUAAUGCGCCUUUCCAAAGCCCUCAUAGACAUGGAGAUGGCAGAUUACAGCGCAGCGCUAGACCCGGCAUACACCACCCUGGAGUUUGAGAACAUGCAGGUGCUGGCUAUGGGCAAUGACACGUCUCCGUCAGAAGCAGCCAACCUGAGCAGCUCCAGCAGCAUCGGGGUGAGCACGCUGUGUGCCAUCUGCGGGGACCGCGCCACCGGCAAGCACUACGGGGCCUCCAGCUGCGAUGGCUGCAAAGGCUUCUUCAGGAGGAGCGUCAGGAAGAACCACAUGUACUCCUGCAGGUUUAACAGGCAGUGUGUGGUAGACAAAGACAAAAGAAACCAGUGCCGGUACUGCAGGCUUAAGAAGUGCUUCCGAGCAGGAAUGAAGAAGGAAGCUGUACAAAAUGAACGGGACCGAAUCAGCACCCGCAGAUCAAGUUACGAGGACAGCAGCUUGCCCUCCAUCAAUGCCCUCCUGCACGCAGAAGCCCUGGCACAGCAGAUAUCAUCCCCGGUUCCUGUGCUCAACGGAGAUAUCCGAGGGAAGAAGAUUGCCAAUAUUUCCGACGUGUGUGAGUCCAUGAAGCAGCAGCUGCUGGUGCUGGUGGAGUGGGCCAAGUACAUCCCCCCCUUCUGUGAGCUGCCCCUGGAUGACCAGGUAGCACUGCUACGUGCACACGCAGGGGAGCAUCUGUUACUGGGAGCUGCCAAGAGGUCCAUGGUGUUCAAGGAUGUCUUGCUGCUAGGAAAUGAUCACAUCAUCCCACGGAACUGCCCCGAGCUGGUGGAGGUGAACCGUGUGGCCAUCCGCAUCCUGGACGAGCUGGUCCUGCCCUUCCAGGAGCUGCAGAUAGAUGACAACGAAUAUGCCUGCUUGAAAGCCAUCAUCUUCUUUGACCCAGAUGCCAAGGGGCUGAGUGACCCGUCCAAGAUCAAGCGGAUGCGGUACCAGGUGCAGGUGAGCCUGGAGGAUUACAUCAAUGAUCGGCAGUACGACUCGCGGGGCCGCUUCGGGGAGCUGCUGCUGCUGCUGCCCGUGCUGCAGAGCAUCACCUGGCAGAUGAUAGAGCAGAUCCAGUUCGUCAAGCUCUUCGGCAUGGCUAAGAUUGACAACCUGCUGCAGGAGAUGCUGCUGGGAGGUUCAUCAAGUGAAACUCCGCACACCCACCACCACCUGCACCCUCAUCUGAUCCAGGAGAACCUGGGAACGAACGUCAUUGUGGCCAACACAAUGCCUCCUCAGAUGCACAACGGGCAGAUGUCUACUCCAGAAACUCCACAGCCUUCUCCACCCGCGGGCUCAGGAUCAGAGCAGUACAAGCUGCUGCCUGGAGCCAUUGCCACCGUGGCCAAGCAGCCCACGUCCAUCCCACAGCCUGCCAUCACAAAACAGGAGGUCAUCUAGCAAGCCCACACCAACCAGCCUCCUUGGCAACACCAUGUGGGAGAAAAGCCCCAACUGACUCUGCCACUGUGAGAAGAGAAGCCAGAGAAGCCAUCCAGAGGUCUCUGGGCACGGACACACAGACUUGCUUAUUAGACUGAGCAGCACCAGAAGGUGUCUUCCUGCAGCUAUGGACAGCAUGUGCCAUGGGCAGCCCCAGAGUCCCAGAGCUAAGGCUGAAGCCUUGCUGAAACCCUCAUCCUUGUAAGGAGGGCCAGAUUCCUGCCUCCCUCAGUGGGGUGGCAGUGACUGGCUGGGGACAGGCUGCUGCCCCACUGCCAUCUCAGCAUUGGUUCAGCACACAGCAACAAGCAAUUCCCUGUGCCAUGGGAAUGGAGGGCUUCCCUCCACAGCCAUUCCAGCCCCCCUGACAGUCCCCAGUCCAGCCAGACUUGGUGGAGAUGGAAGCUCCCCCAGGAGCAUCACAGCAGGUGAAGCACAUGGGGUUUGCCCAGGCAGCACUGCCAGAACUGCUCCUGAGCCUUGGCUAGUCCCAGGUCUUUGCGUGAUGUCACCCACCAGCACACUAAGCCCCCCAGCCAGACCUAACAAAUAUUUUCAGCUGAUGCUGGGGCAAAGUCUGGCCCACCAAGAUACUCCACUAUUUGUAUCCUUCUGCCUCUUGAGGGGUUUUGAUAUUUCCAUGCCAUGCCUGCCCUCUCACCACAAUGCUCGGAGAGGCAACCACUGCCAAGCCCUUCCCCUGCACCACUCACUGCCCCCUGGCAAUCAGAGGGACCAUGGGAUUCCAGGGAUUUCAGCUAAUGGGAUGGGGUCACCCCUUUACAGGCUGGCAGCACUGCCCAAAUAUCACUGGCCUAACUACUGCCUGUCAGCAGUCAGAAGACCACUGGAUGCCUAUUUGGAAGGAAGUGGGGGAAAGAUGUAGGAAGGGGAAGGACCUAUGGGGUGAGAGGAGCUUGAGCCUCACAGAUUGGACCAAGGUCUUGGGCUUUCUAAGUGCUGGGAGCAUUGGGAUCCAGGAUCUCAGUUCAGACACAAUUUUAAUGCUAAGAUAUGCCACACAAUCUACUUCUCUAGUGCAGUGCCACUCCUUCAGCUUAGAGUGAGUGGCUGAUAACAGAUUUAUGGGUCUUCAUAACAUGAUAAGAAUUCAUUAUGACUCCUUCAGGCCUCAGAGUGUUUGAGAGCACCAGCCUCAAAAAUACAAUUCUUUGGGUCCUGCAGAGAAAAGCGACAGAGGUCAAGCAAUAACCCAGUCUCACCCAAGCCCCUUGGGUCUGCCCCAGCUUUGGGUCUGCCCACCCUGCUGUGCUCCCUCCUGCCCCUGUCCCUGCUCCUCUGUGCCUGCCUGUGCCAGAGCCCUGUGGAUCUGAACUUUGGUUUACAGCUGGAAGCAGGAAAGGAGCUCUCCUGCACCAGUGCCUGCUGCAGGUGCCAGCAGGGCUGCAGCUCCCAGAGCCCUGCACCAGGCAGGCCUGAGCCACUGCUGGCCUCUCGAGAGGAUGGGCAUGGUGGCCCCAUGGCUGCCAGGAGGUCUCUGGUGGGGACAAAUCUGAGCCAGCUCAGCCAGAGGAGCUGCAGGUCUGUCCCUGAUUUCCAAUGCAAAAAUGAAACACCUCGUGCUGGCGGUGUCAGAGGUAUUGUAUGGUCUCAAUGCUGGUGGCAUCGUACCAAGUAAUUUAUUGCAAUGAUGAAUCCAAUCAUUUUCUGUAAAUUAUUUUGUAAAUCACAUUGAUUAUUUAUAAUUGGGAGAUUAAAUGAAAAAAAAAAAAAAACCCAACCAAAAAAACAACCCUGUAAUAACCAAGCUGUCUUUUCCAACUGCAGCAAACUUUUUUCCUGUAUGUAGACAUACUUUGUGGGGAAUCCCUUUUGGUCCAUUUGCACCAAGUAUUCCUCGAUAUUGUACAUUAAUUUUUGCUGGUUUCUGCCUUCCAAUGGAAACAGAAGAAUAUUUCUUCACAAGAGUUUGUAUUCAUAAAAAAAAAAGGAAAAAAAAAGAAAAAUAAAUGCAAAAAUAUUUUCUAA